AUGGCGGCGGUGCGUCAUGUUGCGGGUGAACUGCCAGUGUUGAAUGUGAGAGAGAAACCAGUGUCGCGACGGUGCAGUGCUGAGUUUUAACACUGUAUACAGUGUAAAUAUAGCCGCUGGUAAAACCCCUCUAACAGGAAGCAGAGACCUCCGGCAGGCUUGCACGGCUAGCUGAGCUAACAUAUAUAUUAUCUGCUUUCUAUUAACUGGUUGUUGAACAUGUUUUAAAGCUUUAAUUUGAUAAACAGGAAUUUGAAUCUAUCAACAUCCUCGCAGUUUUAUCAAUAUAAGAUUGAGAAUAUUGAUUUGUGAGACAUAAUGAUGAGACCAGGAGGAAUUGUGAAAUUGAUCAUCCUGAUUUCUACCCUUCUCUUGGUGGUGUUCCUGGCUUUUCAGCUCCUGGAAUUCCACACGGAUUUUCAUUUGCCACACGCAUUAUUGAAACCUGGAGCCAUGGAAAGUUCUACAGAGGCAACUCCUCACAAAUGUGGCGUGUAUAAGCCCUGUCCUGAACACCAUUUCACCUUCAAAAUGGCCAGUGGAGCUGCCAGUAUCGUCGGGCCCAAAAUCUGCCUAGAGGAUGAGAUAUUGAUGAGUGGUGUGAGGAACAACGUUGGAAGGGGUUUGAACAUUGCCCUAGUCAAUGGAAAGACUGGCAGGCUCAUCCGUACUGACUCCUUUGACAUGUGGGGUGGAGAUGUCAGCUUACUUAUCAAGUUUUUGAAGGAUAUUGAAGAUGGAACAGUUGUCAUGAUGGCUACUUUUGAUGACUCUUCUACAAAACUUAAUAGUGAGGCAAGGAAGUUAAUAUCAGCAUUUGGCAGCUCCUAUAUCAAUUCACUCAGCUUCAGGGACAACUGGCUCUUUGUUGGAGGAAAAGGGAUCAAAACCAAGAGUCCUUUUGAACAGUACAUUAAGAACAAUGCUGAGACCAACAAGUAUGAAGGCUGGCCAGAAGUUCUGGAAAUGGAGGGUUGCAUUCCUCGGAAGCACGACUGAUAUCCUCUAGAUCAUCCUUCUUGGACCAAAUGAUGUAGAUUCUCUGCGUGCCCAGUCAAUCAAAAGAAAAGUUCUUCCAUAGAUUUCACUUUUCCCCACAAUAUGCAAAUGACCCUUGAUUAUUAUCUUAAUGAAUAUGCAAUCUGAAUGACAGACUACAAAUUGAAAAGCAAAGCUGUAUGAUGAGCUACAGUCAGGGCAUUAUGGCAUUUCAUAGCAACUCAUACUCAUGAAAUUAUGUAUCAGAAUCAUAUUUAUAAUUAUCUAAAGAGUAUCACAGAUCUGUAAUUUUAUUAAAUUAGAAUUGAAUUGGGGCUUUUUAGUAUUAUAUUAACACUGCCGGUCAUGAGUGCAGUUAAGGUAUAAAUGGGAAUGGUGGAAAACAAAACCCUCACAAGCAGGAUGUGAUAAGAAUAUACAGUAUAAAAAAUGGUAUACUGUAGUUGUGCUCGGUACUGGUGAAGAGAGUUUUGCCAUGUAAAUAUUAGAUUUUUUUUAAUGUGUUGUUCCUAAAAAGUGAAAAAGCAUUAUACCUUUUUUAUGUUGACGGAUUGUAAAGCUGGUGCAGACAGCUACUGCUACGGCUUCUUGGGUGAAUUUUUGGUUUGUUUCGUUUUUUGAAAAUCAUGUCUGUUAGGUUUUAUAUAUAUAUAUAUAUA